AUGGGUGUUGAUAUUGCUAAAGCUAUAGAAGAAUGUUUUCGAUCUACAGGGAUCAUUUCAAAAAUAAUAGCAAUUAUGCAUGACAAUGCAUCUGCUAAUGACAAAUUUUUGCAAGAAUUUUCUGAUUCUCUUUUUCAAACUAGUAUCUCAUUUGAUGCUACGCAACAAUCAGUACAGUCAACAAUCGAAAUGUCAAAGCAAAAGUAUCCAACAUUGUCAAUGGCUAUUUCUUUUUACUACUUAUUAAUUGAAAUGCUUAAAAAGGCUAUUGAGAAAAAAGACACACCACAAUGGCUUAUUAAAGAAUGUGAGGCUGCGAUGGCAAACCUUUUAGAUUAUUGUAAGAAAACGAAUAUGUUAGGUCUUGCAGCAGUAAUCUUAGAUUCAUGCCUUAAACUUAACAUAAUUAAUAAAUAUGAAACUGAAUAUGCACCUUUUCAAGACACAACUCAUACAAUUAGAGAGUUAUCUGAAAAGAAUAUAUUGUCAUGCAUUUAUAAAAGGCUGCAUUUUGAACAACGAAGUGAAUUAGAAUCUUAUUUGUUUGUACCAUCUGUUUAUUCAAAUACUAAUAUUUUAGAAUAG